UUGAAGACAAGUUGACUUGCAGGCCUGGAUGUACUUCUGAGAAAGGGAUUCUGGAGCUGAAAUAGAAAAUUCUCACAGUCCACAGGGCUCAGGAUUGUGUGGGAUGGCCCACUGGAGGAACUUCAACAACUGCUAGAGGAGGUCUCUUGUCAGAGCAGACUGUGUGGUGGCAGCUAAUGGUUCCAGGGGCUUGGGUGGAACCAGGGAAAGCUCCAUCCAUCCUUAUCCCAUCCAGAUAUCCACAGAGUUCCAUGAGCCAGUAGGAAGAGCCACAGCUCAUUUUUGAGUCUUGAACCUUGUAUUCUUUUCCCUGUGACUUGACAGCUCAUUACAUUUGGGCUAAGGGAAUCUUCCUGGACUCUGGCCUCAGCUGAGAAUAUAAGCAAGCAAAGGAGGUCCCAGGGCUGGGGCAAAAGAUAGAAGCUGCAAAUCUGUCUUCUAGGGGCCAGACUCCCUGCCUGAGCCAGUCUGGGGUCUGUUCAGCUGGUAGCUGAGUGCCUGAGAUGCAAGUGUUUGGCUCUGCCUGUCCGUAAGGCCACCCAACAAGCCUGCCAUGCAAUUGGAGGACAGGGCUUUGCAGCUGAUGCUCUUGGCUGCUGAGGGGCUCCCUGGAGGCUGGGCUGGGCUGGACUGGACUCGGCUGCAGGAUGUUUUGGGGGUGAGGACAGAUGGCAAGGUAGUGUUGCUGCCUGGGCUCUUUGCUAUCGCUUGGGAGGGCCAGGCUAGAGCUGUUUGCUACCAAACACCUUUUUUCUAAAGUGUUCUCACUAAAGCAUCCCUCCCAUCUGGGCAAGAACAGGCUGAGAGCCUGACAAGCAAGGAGCCAGGCUACUACUGCCAACAACCAGAUUCCACAUUUCCAUGGAAUGGAAAGAGCCCCUGGGAAGCCAGAGCCAGCCCCUCCCUGUUUAGCAUUGCAGACUGACAUGCAAAGCAGGGAACACUAGAGCAGCCUGCAGUGGAAAGUUGGAGCUGUGGUGUGUGUCAGGCAGAUGCAGGAGCAGAGAGCAGCUGGGGAGAAGACUCUGAGGACGUGGUGAAGCAUGGCUGGGACAAUGCAGUUCCUGGCUUGGCUAGUGGUAGCCACUUGCCUUCUCCCUGGGGUGUCUACAACUCAGCACCAUGCAGGGCAGCCCAUGGACAGUGCCGGUGUGGGAGGUGGCCUGCAGGAGCCAGAGGUCCUGGAAGUGAUGUUUGAGCUGCUCUGGGCUGGGCUGAAGCUGAAUGUCAUGAGGCAGCUGUACAUCCAGGACAAGGAACUGGCGUCCACACAUCCAGGUCGCCGACUCAGGCUGCUCCUGCACCACCAUGUGCCCAGUGACUUGAAAGGUGCUAAGCAACAGCUGCAGCAGUUCCAGAACCUGCAGAAAGGGCCUCCUCUUAGCCCUUCGGACUUUAAACAUCUGCUCCUCACAGGCCUGUCCUGUGUCCACCAACUCCAUGAGGCUAGUGAGGCUGAGGAGAGGGGCCACUGGGCCCAGGUCUUCAUCCUUCUAGCACAGGAAACACUCUGGGACCUGUGCAAGGACUUCUGUCCCCAGGGCCCCCCUUCUCUGGGGCCCUGGGCCUCAGUCCUUGACCCCUUCCCCUGACCCUCUUGUUUCACAUGCCAACCUGCCACUGCCCCACCCCUCCCAGGCAGGGAUUUCCUUAUAGCACCUCAUUAUUCCCACUGUAUUCAGGUCUCUGGGCUUGGCUUGUACCCUGAACCCCAGCUUGCCCCUCACCCAUCUUCUUCCCUGGGUCUGACAGGCUAAGAGUCUGGACUCCAAGGCCCAGACAGCAGUCGCAGGGCUAAAGGCAGGAUUUACAGGCAUUGCACACGUGUGAGUUGGGUCAAGCCUGAGAAGUGUGUUUAAGAGAUGCUGAAAGGGAAACUGUCUCUAAGAAAGGCUAGGUCAGACCCUCUGACUCCUACCC